AACUGUUAAACUUGCAAAAACGAAGAUAGGUGAAGAUUAGAUGCUCGCAAUAACCAUUCUUUGUAAGAAGCAGAAGACAGACAUAUGGAUCGUGUUUACUCUAAUUAUUUGUCCACAUCCGAAAAUAUCGCGCAUAUCAAUGUCAGCCAGCCACCCCAUGCACCUUCUCGCGCGUGAGUGUUCUACGUCAGCUGCCACGUACCCAUUUCUCGCUGUUUAAAUACCCGAUCUCCUCUUCCCAAUCACGUUCCAUUCUCACCCUCUACUCCAAGCACUUCCUUCCAUCUUCACUCUUCUACCUCACUCUCAGGUAAUUAAUCCAAUGGAAUCCGAUCUCAGUCUGAGCUUGCACGUUUAAGUUAUAUCCAAGAGGCUGGAAUAUGAGCAAUUCGAUAGGGAAUAACUUGUUGCGUCACAGAUUUCUUCAUCCAACAGUGCCCGAACAUCAAAGUAGAAUCAGCUCCUCUUCAGUUCGGGGUGGUUCAUUGUUUCAAUCGAAUGCUAAAGCACACACCCACAAAGCGUCUUUGUCGUCUGAGUUUCACGGUGAAAGCCUGACAGUGCAGAAAAAGAGGUUAUCAAUGCAAACACAUGUUUUUUCUGGUACUAGGGCUGUCUUAGUCACUGAUCCCUCGUCUGAGAUUGCUGAAAAAUUCAACCUUGAAGGGGAUAUUGAGUUGCAGAUUGGGGUUAAGCCCCCCACGUCAGGUAGUCUCAGAGUGAUUGAUUUUAAGCUUACAAGGGACAUCAAUGGAAUAUUUCUACACUGGGGUGCUGUAAAGUCUGGAAAAGAUAUAAAGUGGAUGCUUCCUGACCGACGUCCAGAAGGAACUCAAGAGUAUAAGAAUAAGGCACUUAGAACUCCCUUUGUGAAAUCUGGUACCGGCCCUUUGGUGAGACUGGAGAUAGAUGAUCCUGCAAUUGAGGCUAUAGAGUUCCUUGUAUUUAAUGAAGCCCAAAACAAAUGGAUAAAGAACAAUGGUGGCAACUUCCGUAUUAAGUUAUCUCCAAGUGCAAUAAAGAUAACUAAUGCUACAGUUCCUGAAGAUCUUGUGCAGAUUCAGGCAUAUUUGAGGUGGGAGAGGAAGGGAAAACAAAUGUAUUCCCCUGAGAAAGAGAAAGAGGAGUAUGAGGCGGCACGGACAGAACUUUUAGAGGAAAUAUCAAGGGGUGCUUCCAUAGAGGAAAUUCGAGCAAGGUUGACCAAGAAGAAUGAUACAGCUGAGCACAAGGAGACACAUAAACCUGAAAAAAAGGGUGAUUUACCUGAUGACCUUGUACAAAUACAAGCUUAUAUACGAUGGGAAAAAGCAGGGAAACCAAGCUAUCCUCCAGAGCAACAACUUAGAGAAUUUGAAGAAGCAAGACUAGAGUUGCAACUAGAACUUGAAAAAGGCGUAACCCUAGAAGAACUACGGAAGAGGAUUGUAAAAGGAGAAAUAAAAACCAAGGUUGCCAAGCAACUGGAAAAAAAGAAUUAUUUCACCAUUGAAAAAAUUCAGAGGAAGGCAAGAGAUGUAGAUCAACUUAUCAACAGAGAUGCUUCUCAGUCUGGAUUUGAGUCUAGUUCUGAGUUGCAACAGAUGUUGCCAGAAGACCAAACAUUAUCAUCGAUUGAACUUUUUGGUAAAGCAAAGGAAAAAGAGGUUGAUGGUCCUAUCCUUAACAAGAAAAUAUAUAAGAUUUUUAACAGUGAACUCAUGGUAUUCGUCACAAAGUCCUCCGGUAUGGUGAAAGUUUAUCUGGCUACAGAUCUCAAUGAGCCUGUGAUUCUGCAUUGGGCAUUAUCCAGAAAACCUGGGGAGUGGUUGGCACCGCCUGAUAAUGACUUGCCUCCUGGAUCAACUGUUUCUGAAAAACACGCUGAAACACAAUUCCUAUUCAGUUCAUCUGAUAAUCUGUCUUAUAAAGUCCAAUCUUUAGAAAUUACAACUGAGGAUAAGAACUUUGUGGGUAUGCCUUUUGUUCUUUUGUGUGGUGAGAAAUGGAUAAAAAACAACGGAUCAGACUUUUAUGUCGAUUUUAGCACUCAACCCUAUCAGGAUGUUGGGGACGGCAGGGGGACAGCUAAGUCAUUGCUAGAUAAAAUAGCGGAUAUGGAAAAUGAGGCGCAGAAGUCUUUCAUGCACAGGUUUAAUAUUGCAGCCAACUUGAUAGAAGAAGCCACAAAUGCUGGUGAGCUCUUUUUUGCAGGAAUUCUUGUUUGGAUGCGCUUCAUGGCUACAAGGCAGCUUAUCUGGAAUAAAAACUACAACGUAAAGCCGCGAGAGAUCAGUAAAGCUCAAGACAGGCUGACAGAUUUACUUCAGAAUGUUUACAUAAACCAUCCACGGUACCGUGAAUUAUUGCGCAUGAUCUUGUCAACUGUCGGACGUGGAGGUGAAGGGGAUGUUGGACAGCGAAUACGGGAUGAAAUACUGGUUAUCCAGCGGAAAAAUGACUGCAAAGGUGGAAUGAUGGAGGAAUGGCAUCAGAAACUGCAUAACAACACUAGCCCUGAUGAUGUUGUAAUCUGUCAGGCACUAAUUGAUUACAUCAAGAGUGACUUUGAUAUUGGUGUUUAUUGGCAAACCCUGAAUUCAAAUGGAAUCACAAAAGAAAGGCUUUUGAGUUAUGAUCGUGCUAUCCAUUCUGAACCAAACUUUAGAAGAGAUCAAAGAGAAGGUCUUUUGCGGGAUCUAGGGAAUUAUAUGAGAACACUAAAGGCUGUCCAUUCAGGUGCUGAUCUUGAAUCUGCCAUUGCAAAUUGUAUGGGAUACAAGGCAGAGGGUGAAGGCUUCAUGGUUGGGUUGCAGAUAAAUCCUGUAGCAGGCUUGCCCUCAGGAUUUCCGGAACUGCUUCAAUUUGUCUUAGAGCAUGUCGAAGAUAAAAAUGUGGAAUCUCUUCUUGAGGGUUUGCUAGAGGCUCGUGAAGAACUUAGACCACUACUUUCCCAACCCAACAACCGUCAGAAGGAUCUUUUGUUUCUGGAUAUUGCCCUUGAUUCUACUGUUAGGACAGCUGUGGAGAGGGGAUAUGAGGAACUGAAUGGGGCUGGACCUGAGAAAAUUAUCUACUUUAUCUAUCUUGUUCUGGAGAAUCUUGCUUUGUCUGUCAAUGUUAAUGAAGACCUUGUCUACUCUCUAAAGGGAUGGAAUCAAGCACUGAGUAUGUCAAAGCGUGAAGACAAUAAUUGGGCCUUAUUUGCAAAAUCUGUUCUUGACCGAACUCGGCUUGCUCUUGCAAACAAAGCAGAGUGGUACCAUCAUCUAUUGCAGCCGUCUGCAGAGUAUCUUGGAUCAAAACUUGGGGUGGAUAAGUGGGCGGUGAACAUAUUCACCGAAGAAAUUAUUCGUUCUGGAUCAGCAGCUUCCUUAUCAUCUCUUCUUAAUCGACUAGACCCAAUUCUUCGCCAAACAGCUCAUCUGGGAAGUUGGCAGAUUAUCAGCCCAGUUGAGGCUCUUGGCUACGUUGUUGUUGUGGAUGAACUACUCUCUGUUCAAAACAUAACUUACGAAAAGCCAACUAUUUUGGUGGCAAAAACUGUUAAAGGUGAGGAGGAAAUUCCUGAUGGAACAGUUGCUGUGCUGACGCCAGACAUGCCAGAUGUCCUUUCCCAUGUUUCUGUUCGAGCAAGAAACAGCAAGGUAUGUUUUGCAACUUGCUUUGAUCCCAAUCUUCUGGCUGAACUUCAAGCAAAAGAAGGAAAGGUUUUGAGAUUAAAACCGACAUCUGCUGAUAUAAUCUAUAGUGAGGAGAAAGAGGUUGAGCUCCAGAGUUCAGCUCACUCGAUGGAAAUUGGCCCUCUACAAUCUUUAACAUUGAUAAAAAAACACUUCACUGGUAGAUAUGCCAUAACAUCUAAGGAAUUCACCAUGGAACUGGUCGGGGCUAAAUCUCGUAACAUUGCAAACCUUCAAGGAAAAGUCCCAUCUUGGAUUGGGAUCCCUACUUCAGUUGCCCUCCCCUUCGGAGUUUUUGAGAAAGCUCUUUCUGAAGAUAUCAAUCAGGAAGUGGAAGCAAAGUUAAAAUCUUUGAAGAAAAAGUUAUCUGACGGAGAUUUCAGUGUCCUUCGUGUUAUCCGAAACACUGUUCUAGAACUUUCAGCGCCACCUCAGCUAAUCAAUGAGCUAAAAGAUAAGAUGCAAAGUUCUGGCAUGCCAUGGCCGGGUGAUGAAGGUCCAGAACGUUGGGAACAGGCAUGGUCAGCAAUAAAAAAAGUUUGGGCUUCAAAAUGGAAUGAGAGAGCAUAUUUCAGCACAAGGAAGGUCAAACUAGAUCAUGACUCUCUCUGCAUGGCCGUCCUUGUUCAAGAAAUAAUUAAUGCUGAUUAUGCAUUUGUUAUUCAUACCACAAAUCCAUCAUCAGGAGAUGUGUCUGAGAUAUAUGCUGAGGUUGUAAAGGGCCUCGGAGAAACACUAGUUGGGGCAUAUCCAGGCCGUGCAUUGAGUUUUGUCUGCAAGAAGAGUGAUCUAAACUCUCCUCAGGUUCUGGGUUACCCAAGCAAGCCCAUAGGCCUUUUCAUUAGGCGAUCGAUAAUCUUCCGCUCCGACUCCAAUGGCGAGGAUCUAGAGGGUUAUGCUGGUGCUGGUCUUUAUGACAGUGUGCCGAUGGAUGAAGAGGAGAAAGUUGUAAUUGAUUACUCUUCCGAUCCAUUAAUAACCAAUAACGAUUUCCGCCAUUCAAUCCUCUCUAACAUUGCCCGUUCCGGAAGUGUGAUCGAAGAGCUUUAUGGAUCAGCUCAAGACAUCGAGGGUGUGGUGAGGGAUGGGAAAAUCUUUGUUGUCCAGACACGACCGCAGAUGUGAUGGAUUGAUCCGUCCUCAAACCGGUCAGGGCCUGCAUUCAAAGAUUAUUCAUGCAAGAUUUGAAAGAGCAUAUCUCUGGAUAGAGAAUUAUGGGAGUGAGAGGUAUGUAUAGAAAUGGUGAAAAACUAAACAGGUAUAUACAUAGACGGCUUUGGAAUAAACUCUUACUGUACUAAAAAUUGGGUGUUACUGAAUUCAUGUAUAAUAAUACUCUGUAUUCUUAUCUGCAAACGACUGUGUUUAUUUAUUCUUAAAUGUGUUGUCCCGAAUGUUAUAAAACAAUUAUGUUGUUGUCCCGAAUGAAAACACAAUUGUUGUUUAUUUAUAAUUGAAAUAUAAUACAACGAUGAAAUGAAAACAU